AUGUAUCCUAUUGCAUUCGCAGUAGUGGAAGGUGAACUGAAGGAAACAUGGAGUUGGUUUCUUACACUACUUGAUGAGGACCUAAGAAUCUCACAAAACCCUUUUGCAUGGACUUUCAUUUCUAACAAGCAAAAGGGUUUACUUCUAGCAUUUGAUGAGAUAAUGCCAGAUGUUGCACACAGGUUUUGUGUGAGGCAUCUGCACAAUAAUUUCAAGACGGAAGGUUUUGGAGGACAAGCACUGAAAGAUAUCCUAUGGAAAGCUGCCAAGGCAACUACAGAACCUGAAUUUUCCAAGCAUAUGGAAGGAAUGGCAAAAUUAGAUCCAAAAGCCCCUAAAUGGUUUAUUAAUAAGCCUCCCAUUCACUGUUCAAGGGCAUUUUUCUCUUCUUUCUCAAAGUGUGAUGUAUUAUUAAACAAUUUAUGUGAGUCAUUUAAUAGUGUACUCCUACAUGUAAGAGACAAGCAUAUUUGGACAAUGAUUGAAUCAAUCAGGAUCUAUAUGAUGUCUAGACUUCAAAAGAACAGAGAUAAGAUGAUGAACCGUCGUCACAAAAUCUGUCCGAAAAUCUUAUUGAAGCUAGAGCAAAAUAAGGAUAAAGCUACUGAAUGUAUUGCCACUAAAUCUGACCAAUUCCACUACCAGGUUGAGGAUAUCUAUCUUAGACUAUUCUCUGUUGAUCUUAAGGAGAAGACAUGUUCUUGUAGGAGAUGGGACUUAACAGGAAUACCUUGUAAUCAACCUAUUGCAGCUAUAUGGGUUAAGAAGGAUGAGCCGGAAAUGUAUGUUCAUGAAUGCUACACAGUUGAGAAGUACAUGAAGAGUUAUAAUCCAUCUAUCUUGCCAAUUGUUAGCUUUGAGCAAUGGCCUAAGACAGGGAUUGAACCACCACCGCCACCCAUAUACAAAACACAACCAGGUAGACCAACAAAACUAAGAAAGAGAGGGGUUGAUGAGACAACUCAAAAAGAAUCAGAUUCUAGAAAGCUUACCUUGUUAAAAACAUCAAGAAAAGGCAAGAAAAAAAGUGCGGAUCAUGUGGAAGAUCAGGGCAUAAUAGCAGAAAAUGCCCUAUUCUUAUGGGAAGCAACCACUCUGAAGUUCAACAGCAACAAGUCCAUCAGGAAGUCGAAAAGGAAGGCCCUUCUGCACCUAGUAAUGCAACAGAAGUUUCAAGCACCAUUUUUGAGAGUGCAGUCCAGUUCCUUAUUUGUAACUGAACAAAUUGUAAUUACCUUUCUUGUUUCUCUCAUGUUGUGUCUAUCGAACCGUACUAGCUGGCUUAUUUUCUUAUGUAUAUUGCAGGUCAAUCAAAUUAACCAGCCAAGGGUACCUCAACAACAAUUGAAAAGUUCUGCAUUCAAUUUAGAAGAAAUUGGUGAGCAUUCCAGAGAAGAUACAAGGUCACUCUUCAUCGAGAGAAUGGGAAAACAAUACGUCCCACCGUCAAUAUUACAAGAUGCGCUUUCUCAAAGUAGCAAGAGAGUAGGAAGUGUCCCACGAGACAAGAAGAAAAAUGUUCCUUAACUAAAGAAGUUAAAGACAAACAAUGAUAAUACGUACAUGAAAUCAGAUCUUGUUUAGAUCUGGUUCUUCCUUGAUGACUUUGAAGUUAAUCAUGCUUUAGUGACAUUUAAAUGAUUGUGUGUUUCUCUUUUAAAACUUAUGCAACUUAAAUAGCUAUCUUUCUCCCUGAUCUUAACUUCAUCGCCUUCAUUCUGCACUUUGC